AUGGCACCGAAGAAACCAAAAGCCAAUGUAAAUGAGGAGAACAGUUUGUUAGGUAGUUUGGAUGAAAGUGAGUCACCACAGUGUAGUGAGUUAAAAAAUAUGGUGAAUAACUUAGCAGAUGAUUUCAAAAGGUUACAGACGUCUUUAUCUGGGGGUAGUAGGCAAUAUGUUGGUCUGUGGAGGGACCUGGGGGGUCACACUUUGACAUUUGUGCCUAAUGGACCAGUGCAUCCAAUGAACUUUUUAAGAAAAAUUAUGCAUAUCUUGGAUGAGGCUGGGGUGCCUGAAACCGCAAGGUUAAAACUAGUAACAGGGUGUUUGAGGGGCUCGGCUGCUGAGUGGGCGGAAAUCAAGGAGGAUUCUUUUGACUCAUUUCAGAGUUUCAUUGAUGCUUUCAUGGAUAGGUACUGGGGGGUUAAAGAACAACGUGCAUUGUACUAUGAAAUAAAGUAUGGUAAAUUUCGAUCAGGUAGCAGGGCAGAUUAUGUUCUCCGGAUGGCAAAACUAGCCAGUUUUUUGACAGACAAGAUUUCUGAGAGUGAGUUAGUGAGGUUUUUGUCACAGCAUUUUACACAAGAGCCAGAGAUUCAUAGGGCGGUUUUAAUUCAAAAUAUGAAAACCAUAGAGGAACUUGAAGGAUUUCUAAGAAAUUUAGAUGAGGUUGAUGCUACUAGUCGUGAUAGAAGAAAUGAAGGGAGAGGGGGGUACAACCCACCAAAUCAUAAUGGUAAUCGAAAUUUUAGGCAAGAUGCUCAGGGAGAAAAUAACAGAAAUGAUCAGGAUAGGGCUAUCAGAUUUAUAGAUGUGGGAGAGGAUUUAUUGAGUGAAAUUGAGGAUGGUGGAGAUGGUGAUGAAGGACACCAGAUGAUUUCCUCAACUGUGAAAGGUAAUGUUUAUGGUGAAGAAGUAAACAUAUUACUAGACUCAGGUAGUCAAUGUUGUGCGAUAUCUGAUGAAUUUUACAAGAAAAUAAAUUCUGAUGAAAAUGGGAUAUUGGUAUUGCCGGUGAACAUGCUGGUAAAAAAAUGUGGACUAGUGGGGACUAAUGCAGUUUCUUGCAUAAUUGAUGGAUUACCCAUACCACUGCAAGCUAACGCCAAAGCGGGGAACUAUGAAUCACCAGACGAGCUGUUCUACGGGUUCCUUAGCAAAGUAGAGAGUUUUCGCGAGUCGCCAGCUAAGAGAAUGGGUACCACAGAAAAUUUUGAUCUACAACCUAGUACAUCUGGACAAUUGACAUUUAGGAAAGUAGGUUAUCAAAAGUUUGGUGGGCCUUAUAAAAUCAAGAAGGUUUUGGGAAAUGAUAGAUAUGAAAUAACAUCUUUGGAGGGCUUGAAGGGGUAUAAGAGAUUUAGAGCUAUAGUAGCUGCGGAUAGCUUGAGAGAAUGGAAAGGUGGUGUCGUUGAUAUUACAGAAAGUGAAAGCGAGGUCAAUAGUACAGAUGAGCUGAUUGAUUUGUUAGAAGGUUAG